AUGGACGAUCUCGACCUCCCUCCCAUACCCCAGUCCGCGAUCAUCGCCGCCCAGACGCCUCCCCGUCCGCGCCAGUCGCUCCUCUUGGCCCGCAAACGCACCCGCGCCGAGGUCUACGACGACGAGCCUACGCUGACGACAUCAAGCGACCCGGCUCUCUUCUCCAGCGACGAACAAGCGCCCGGUGCCGAAAACUACACGGACCGGCGCCGCAAGAAACGGACUUUCAAGGGAUCAUGGUGGGAUCGGCACCCCGCCCGUGAGGGACUCAGGAAAAGCGCGCGGCAGAAGCGCGAGUUCACGCGCAACUUUGACUCGGGUAUCUUCAUGGGAAGUCAAGACGAGAGUGGCGAGGACCACGACUUGUUGUCCAGCGACUCGUUCACGUUGGAGGAUGAGUUGAUGAGGGAUCAGUCGCGUGAACAUGAACGCGGACACCACAUGACAAGGCAACAGAGGCCAUUCAGAUUAUGGGCACAAGAGAGUUCUCCAGAUCAACGCCACCGAGCUGAAGGUCGUGUUCGGACCACAACCGAUAGUAUUAGCCCGAAGACGAAGAUCUUACCCAAGGUGAAGCCGCUGGAGCCCAUGUCGGAGGCACAUCGCGAGGUCUGCGAGAUUGUUCAUCAGUGUCUUGACAUGGGCAAGGAAGACGUGGAUCUCUCGGGAAGAUCGUUAGAUUCCUUGCCUGAAGAAAUCACCUCUCUCCAGACCUUGGCCAAGCAAGAUGAGAUCGUCCCGGGCAUGCUCGACACGGGCACCGAUCUCGAACCGCAGCUUCGCGUCUACCUGGCCAACAACCUCUUCACAACAUUUCCGGCCCCGAUACUCGAACUGAAAAAUCUGCGGCUUUUGUCGCUGCGAAACAACUGUCUAACAUCCAUCCCCCCUGGGAUUCGGGACCUCGUCAACCUGACGACUUUGAACAUUGCCGGAAACCAGCUGAAUGAAUUACCUUGGGAAAUUGUGGGUUUGGCGAGGUCUCACAAAUUGACAAGAUUGAUCGCGGCCGGGAAUCCAUGGCGGCAGCAAAGGCCGUUGACACUCGGGCAAGAGAACACGAGCGAUGGUUUAUCCAAUAUGCUUUCUCAGCCGGUAGGAGAGAGGGGAAGAAAGAGCGCGGCGCCAUCUGGUGGUGUCCCAUCGCUAAGUGAGACUGUCCUUCGACAACUCGCCAGGCUUGAUCCAAAGCAAAAGAUCGACUUUCGAGGUCUCAUGCCAAACGGGACAUCGGACAUGGUGCUUGACAAGCUGGAUCUGCUCAAGACGCAGCCCAAUCGUCAAUGUGGGUACUGUGGGAGGCUCAUGGUCAUGGCAGCCAGUGAGAAUCUUGAAUGGGUGGCUCUGUGGCCUGGUUCGCCGGUUCUGCCGUUUCGAAGGCUUGAGUGUGCAGAUGGAUGCGAAAAGAACAGCCGGUCUGGUCCAGAGGGGAAAAGUGAUAGCACCAUGGAACCAAUUGAGGUGGAUUGA